CCGCCAAUCAAAGCGUUUAGACAAAUUUCUCGUAACAUCGUGGGCCAAUUCCGACAGUCUGCUUCCCCCAACAAUUCCCCAGAGACACGCAGCUUCACAGACUCUGCUGUCAUCUUUCGCAACUUCCAACAUCACAACCACCUCCCUUCCACACCCACAAAAGAAUUGCCAACAUGUCCGUUCCGGCUUUCCAGGAUAUCGCCAAGGCGGCGAAUGACCUCCUCAACAAGGACUUCUACCACCUCUCCGCCGGCACCAUCGAGGUCAAGAGCAACACCCCCAACAAUGUCGCCUUCAAGGUCACCGGCAAGAGCAGCCACGACAAUGCGACCAGCGGCACGAUCGAGGGGAAAUACACUGACAAGCCCAAUGGCUUGACCCUCACCCAGACAUGGAACACCGCGAACACGCUCGAGACCAAGGUCGAGAUGGCCGACAACCUGGCCCAGGGUCUCAAGGCCGAGGGUAUCUUUGCCUUCCUCCCGGCGACCCAGGCCCGUGGCGCCAAGUUCAACCUGCACUUCAAGCAGUCCAACUUCCACGGCCGUGCCUUCUUUGACCUGCUCAAGGGCCCCACCGCCAGCAUCGACGCCGUUGUUGGCCACGAAGGCUUCCUCGCUGGCGCCUCGGCCGGCUACGACGUCCAGAAGGCCAAGAUCACCGGCUACAGCGCCGCCAUCGGUUACCAGGCCCCUACCUACAGCGCCGCCAUCACCGCCACCGACAACCUGAGCGUCUUCGCCGCCAGCUACUACCACAAGGUCAACAGCCAGGUCGAGGCCGGCUCCAAGGCCACCUGGAACUCGAAGAGCGGCAACACGGUCGGCCUCGAGGUCGCCGCCAAGUACCGCCUCGACCCCGUCUCCUUCGUGAAGGCCAAGAUCAACGACCGCGGUGUCGCCGCUGUCGCCUACAACGUUCUCCUCCGCGAGGGCGUCACCCUUGGCGUUGGUGCUUCCUUCGACACUCAGAAGCUCGACCAGGCCACCCACAAGGUCGGCACUAGCUUCACCUUCGAGUCCUAAGCUGCUCGCACCAGCCAAGGAGACGUGGGGUUUCGCGUUGGAAGGGGGCCUUGCGACCCACGCUCCGGAUUGAUUGCGGCUGAUUGACCGUUGGUUCAGCAGCCGGUCGUAGCAAAUCCACGGAGCGCGUUGUUCAGGACAUGUUGCAGUGUACAGUAGACUCGUCAGCAGUGUAGUAUGCAUGAGUACUCCACGGUGCCGUGUCUUGCCAAUGUGAUCUUCAUGAGAGAUGGUAUAUCGUUGCAGCCUUAGUUUGUGUCAUGAUGCGUACAUCACUUCCUUUUUCCUUCCUUGUCUACCCCGCCAGCGGUGGUCUCCUUUCCCCCCUUUUCGCCCUGCUUUGAUGAUGAUGACGAUGACGAUGACGAUGAGCCGU